UCUCUCAAGCUUUUCUUCAGAAAGAGAAAGGCAAGCAAAAUGGCAAUUGGUUCACACUUUUCACCGGCAGCUAUUCUCAUCCUCAUUCUCUUCACAACUCACCCAAACUGUUUAUCGGCCAGAAAAAUCCUCAGCUCCGAUACAGACACAGAGUUCAUCAAAACUUCGUGUGACGCCACCACCUACCCCGACCUGUGUUUCGCCACAUUUUCAAGCUACGCAACCGAAAUCCAGGCCGACCCCAAAAUAUUAGCCGCCAAGUCUCUCUCUGUGGCACUCAACACCACGCUUUGGGCUUCACAAAGCCUGACGGACCUCUCCAAAACGCAGGGACUAAAGCCUAAAGAGGAAGCGGCUCUUCACGACUGUGUGGAAGAAAUGAGUGAUUCAGUGGAUGAAUUAAGAAGGUCCAUUUCUGAAAUGGAAGAGAGUGAAGGCAAAAGCUUUGCAUUGAGAAUGAGUGAUGUGGAAACAUGGGUCAGUGCAGCUUUGACUGAUGAAGAUACCUGCAUGGAUGGCUUCUCCGAGAAUGAAAUGGAUGGUGAUGUCAAAGCCACUGUGACGACGACAAUCGAGAACGUUGCACAGUUGACAAGCAUUUCAUUGGCUUUCGUCAACCAGUAUGCUGGCAGCAAAUAGUAAACUGUUAUUUAAAAAACAUGUCC